UGAUUUAAUCAUUGUUUUGGGGGUUAAAGAAAGUCCGCAGAGCAAUGUUUCUGUGAGGUUUGGCUUUAGUCUGCCAGCUGUUCUCACUGUCUCUCUGAGAAUACAGAAUAAAAAAAAUGCAGCUUUGGUACAUUGCAGCUAUUUUUUUGUGCGCUGUCGCUGGUACAGAGGCAAAGGCAGUACAUAGCCUUCCUGAUUUUGGAAAGAGCUAUCACGUCAAAGGAAUCAUCUUUCUGCCCUAUGCUGAAAUUGAGGAACCAUUUGAGGCCUGGUUAGACCUAACAGCAAAAUCAAGCCGAAUAGACUACUACCACGGCCAGGUUUCGACUUACCAGUUAGCUUCAGAGCAGCAGUAUGGCACUGCCUAUAAGAUCUCGCCUGAGACCACUGAAGAGGAGCUAAAUGUGAUGAAGUGCUUCCAGAUUAACGGAACAAAGGACGAAGCAGUCACACCGCAGGCUGCGCUCCCCGAUGUGCAGGGCUUCCAGUUCCUGAGGGUGGAGUACUACAGAGGUUCCCUGUGUGAAGUCUGGCAGAAUGUGACCACUGUGGGUUACAAGAAGAACACGUACACACUGUGGGUGACACAUUCAGAGCGAGGUGCAGAUGGAGGAAAAGACACCCCCAUUCCCAUUCACUAUGAGAUGAUGGGAUACAACACUCUGCUGGGGUCCCAUUAUGACAAGUACUUGGUGGAAUACAAGGAGUUCAGCACUGAGGUGAACCCCAAAGUCUUCCUGCUGCCUGAAGGCAUGAGUUGUGGCGGGUUUCCGGGUCCUGGAGUGGAGCACCACAUGUUGGCCAAUCCAAUGAAAGAUCUCAUCCACACCUCAGCGUCAGGCCAGUCACAGCGCAUGUUCAGCCAUUUCAAGGACAAGUUCCAGCGGCAGUACAACGAUGAAAGGGAGCACGAGAAGAGAGAGCAUGCUUUUGUUCUUAACCUACGGUACAUUCACUCUAAGAACAGAGCGGGCAUGUCUUUCUCUCUGGCUCUGAACUCUCUGUCAGAUCGCACCAUGUCUGAGCUGGCAACCAUGAGGGGAAGAAAAAGGGGAAAGACCCCAAACAGAGGGCUCCCCUUCCCCUUCAAAGCUUACGAAAGAGUAAAUCUUCCCGAGUCACUCGACUGGAGGCUUUAUGGCGCCGUGACCCCAGUAAAGGACCAGGCCAUCUGUGGCUCCUGCUGGAGCUUUGCCACCACUGGAGCAGUAGAGGGCGCUCUCUUCUUAAAGACGGGCUCCCUGCAGGUUCUGUCUCAGCAGAUGCUGAUCGACUGCUCCUGGGGUUUCGGUAAUAACGGCUGCGAUGGCGGGGAGGAGUGGAGAGCGUACGAGUGGAUCAUGAAGCACGGAGGCAUCGCCACAAUGGAAACAUAUGGCGCCUACAUGGGAAUGAACGGAUUUUGCCACGUGAACUCAUCCGAGCUCACCGCACGUAUCCAGAGCUACACGAACGUCACGUCUGGCGAUCAGCUGGCCCUCAAGCAAGCGCUCUUCAAAAACGGCCCCGUAGCCGUGAGUAUCGACGCAUCACACCGCUCGUUUGUUUUCUACAGCCACGGCGUCUACUACGAACCUGCUUGUGGGAACACUGUGGAUGAUCUGGACCAUGCUGUGCUUGCAGUGGGAUAUGGCACCCUGAAUGGAGAGCCAUACUGGCUCAUCAAGAACUCUUGGUCCACAUACUGGGGCAAUGAUGGCUACAUCCUCAUGUCUAUGAAGGACAACAACUGUGGUGUUGCCACUGAUGCUACAUAUGUUACACUGGCAUAGACUGUGUCUUCUUUUAAAGCCUUUAUGUUGCUGUUGAUGCCACUUCAUGACUGCUGAAUUACACUUAAUCUUGAUGUGUGUGUUAGGCCAGCUUUAUGGGGAAAAAAAUCCUAAGAACUUAUCGUGGACUGAACUAAACAUGACGGCCUGAUUGGGAGGAGACAGCACUACAGUGUGUUGCAUUGAUAACAAGACAAACUGGAUCAUUGUGAAGUAAAAAGUGUUACGUCCCGAUAAUCAAUUUUGUCUCUGUGAUGUUAGUUUUUUUAAUUGCUGCUGGAAGGCAGAAUUUUUAUUGAAAACAAAUUUAAAUAAAUUUGCUGGUCCC